AUGGUCGAAACUGAAGACGCCCCGCCGGUGGCGGCCGGCGAUGAGGUCAAGCCAUACAAGGUCCACGUCUCGAGCAGAUAUCUGGACCUGACCAGGCAGAAGCUGGAGCUUACUCGUCUGCCGCACGAGGGCACACAACCUCCAUCCGAGGACUGGUGGGAGCCGAAGCCUCAGGUAGAGCCGCUUAUUGACUUCUGGCUCGAGAAAUACUCAUGGCGGGCGCAGGAAGAGAGCCUGAACAAGACUCCCCAGUUCCGCACGACCAUAUCAAUCCCUUCCUCAGAGACGCCGCUCCGGCUCCACUUCAUCCAUGCCCCUUCGCCUCACAGGCACGCCCUGCCACUCCUGUUGAUACCCCCAUUCCCCUUCUCGAACCUAGCCCUCGCGCACCUGGUGAAGCCCUUCACCGAGCCCGAAGAUGCGUCCCGGGACCAGCCGUUCCACUUGGUCAUCCCGGCCCUGCCGGGGCUCGGCUUCAGCGACCCCUUCCCGAACAACACGCCGGUGAUCCCGACGACGGCCGAGAUGCUCAACACCCUCAUGCUCCGCCUCGGGUACGAGCACUACCUGGUCAGCAACUCGGGCGCCGCACAGUCUUCUCCCGCCAAGAUCGACUGGAAGCUCGUUGAGAGCCUGUCGUCCAGCUACCCAGGCGCUUGCCUCGGCGCCCACCUCAUCUCCCCGCCACUGUGCUCGCCGAAGCUGUCGGAGGCGCCGUUGGAGUGGGCGAAGUGGACUCUCGCCAAUGUGCUCAAUGCUCCGAUCUUGGGGUAUAGCAAGGAGGAUCUUUCGGCCCACAAGCAGGCGGUCGUUGCUCUGGAGCAGAACAAGAAGGCGCUCACCCCGUCUGAAUUCGGUUUGAAUAAUGUUGGGUUGAGGGAGCCAAACACACUCGCAUACGCAAUGUGCGACUCACCCACGGGGCUCCUCGUCUUCGCCCUCAAGGGCCUGCGACUGCUCGCGCCGCGGCUGCCAUUCACGCCAGAGCAGAUCAUCACCUUCACCAACCUCGCGUGGCUGCCCGGACCAGAGUACGCGAUGCGGUUCUGGGCACACUGUGCCACACACGACAACGCCUCGAAUACAGAAGGGCCGAAGAAGAAACCAGCGACCAGGCCAAGGGUCGGCAUCACGGUAUUCCUGGGGGAGACAGGCGAGGGCGAAGGGGCCAAUGCCGCCCAGGAGGCAAGCGACAGGACGGUUCAGCUCGAGGCGCCCACCAAGGUCGACGCAAACACGGGGUACGUGUGCCCGGCGUGGGCCAACACGCACUACAGCGUGCUGUCGUCGCAGCGGGUCCAGGGGGUGCCAGGUCUGCUGGCCUGGGAGAGGCCGCACGUUAUCCUGACGGGGCUCAGGGGCCUCGCGGCAGAGGUCGUCAAAGUCAACAGGCGGCUCCGGGCGGCGCCAGAAGCAGAAGAGACCACCACCGCCCCUCUGGAGAGCGUGGUGUCCCCGGACGCGGCGGCUGCUGGAGACGACGGCGGCGGUCUCCAGCCGCCGCCGCGGCCAGUCCUGGAGCAGGGCGACAGUUCUAGGACGCAGGUCGCGUCGCAGCCGCCCUCCAGUCCCAAAGGGAAAGAGCCAGGGUUGGCUUCCCCCCUCGCGUCCCCCUUCGCGUCCCCCGUCGCGUCGCCCGCGGCGAAAGGGGAGGGAGACCGGAAACUAGGAUCACCUGAGCCAGAUGAGGAUGACCGGUCCAUAAGAGAGGGGACUCCUGAUACUGUCGUCCUGGUGACGGCGCCAAAGGAGGAUGAUGCGAAGUGA